AUGGCUAAUGCUUCCACUAUCGUCUGCAUUGGAAUAGUAGUGGGCGUGGUGUCUUCAGCGACACAGUCGCUUGGUUUGACGCUUCAAAGAAAGGCCAGCGUUACACACGUUGCACUCGUCGCAAAUGAAGAACGACCUGGCCGAUCACUGUAUAGGAACACUACGUGGCAACUGGGACUCGGACUGUUUUUGCUGGCCAACAUUGUCGGGAGUACGGUGCAGAUUGCCACGUUACCAUUGAUCGUGUUGGCCCCGCUGCAAAGUUGUGGCCUUUUGUUCAACUCACUGGCAGCGCGAUACGUGCUCAAAGAGCAUUCUUCGUGGCGCACACCUUUGGCAACGCUUCUGAUCGUCGCAGGCGGCAUGGUCAUUGGCGUAGUGGGAGUUUCGUCCUCGUCCUCGCACUCUAUAACCCAUUCUCUCGCAGAACUGUGGAAAUUGGCCCAGGCCUCGCUUUUCAGACGCUGGUUCGUCAGCACCAAUGCACUGGUGGGCGUGGUACUGGCGCUCACCUGGUACAAUUCACAGGCGCUCCCCACGUUUGUCAAGGGCAUCAGUUACGGCUGUUGUAGCGGCAUAUGGUCCGCACAUUCGUUGCUCAUGGCUAAAUCUGUUUCGGACGUAGUGACCCACGCUGUGAUGCACGGCUCAGCAGAUCUCUUCAACUCGUCAUUCUGGAUUCUGGUAGCUGUUUUCGUCUCGCUAUCACUAACACAGCUAUUUCUUCUCAAUACCGGUCUGCGACACCUUUCGACGUCCAUCCUAUACCCAUUGGUCUUUUGCAUCUACAACCUUGUCAACAUCUUCAACGGGAUAGUGUUUUUCAACGACCAAGAACAAUCUUUGUCAAAAAUCUUGGGUGUGGUACUCACAGGAGUAGUUAGUCUAAUAUGCGGGGUGGUGCUUUUGUCAAGAGACCAGUUCAUAAUCUCGCAGGGCGAGAGCUUCAAAAACCUACAAGAUUCACAACACCGUACGAGCAUGCUAUCCUACACUAGUCUCAGACCCAAGAGCGUUGAUCUGGCGGCUCUACAGGCUCCCACAUCCUCUAACACGGAAACCUCAGACCCUUUCUACGUCUCCCUCCCGCAGACACCAAAGAGAGACAAAUACAACUCAAUGUCCUCUUCAAAACGAAACAGUCGAAGGGUACUUUCUUUCGAACAGGAAGGCAUUCUCAGCCAAAUGGUCUAG